AUGUACUCGUUCGCCCUGUCCGCUGCGGCGCUCCUCGCGAGCAGCUUGCUCCCCACCGCGUUGGCCCAAACCAGCACCACAUGUAACCCUCUGAGUGAGAAGAACUGCCCUGACAUGGCUGCGCUCGGCGGCAAUUCCACCUUUGACUUCAGCAAGACCUGGAAUCCGGAUGUCUGGGUUCAGAAGAACCAAGGAACGGUGGAACACACGGACAACUACACCGCUUUCACCGUGCAGUACCAGGGUGAUUCGCCGACUAUCCUAUCGUCCUUCUACAUCUUCUUCGGCCGCGUCGAGAUCGUCAUGAAGGCUGCGCCAGGACAAGGUAUCGUAUCCAGCGCCAUCUUGCAGUCCGAGUGCUUGGACGAGAUCGACUGGGAGUUCCUAGGCACAAACACCACACAUGCCCUCACCAACUACUUCGGCAAGGGCAACACGACCGAUUAUACGCGCGGCAAGGACUUCAAGAUGAAGAGCGCACCUCAAGACGACUACCACAACUACACUAUUGACUGGACCAAGGAGCGCAUCCAGUGGUAUAUUGACGACGAAAUGGUCCGCGAACUCAAGUACGAGGACGCACUCGGCGGCAAGAACUAUCCCCAGACUCCGAUGAACGUUCGCUUGGGUGCCUGGUCAGGCGGUGACGUCGAUAACAACAACAAGUACACCGUUGACUGGGCUGGUGGUCCCACAGACUUCUCAAAAGCACCUUUCACCAUGACUGUACAAACUGUCUACGUCCAGGACUACACUACUGCCAAGGAGUACAACUGGGAUAACAUGGACUCCUCUGGUGACUGGGAGAAAGUCGGUGUCGUCAAACUAGCGGACAACGAGAAGUCCACUACUAUGGAAGAGAUUGAGAAGCCGCACGGUGUCACGAACCGCUGGAGCGCGCUCUCGAAAACUGCCAAGAUCGCCAUCAUUGCCUCCGUUGCCGGUGCUGUCGCCAUCAUUGCUGCCAUCAUCCUCUUCUGCUGCAUCAAGCAGCGCCGUGCUGGUCGCAAAGAAUAUGCUGCGUACCAAGCUAACGUCGACAAAGAGGCCGUCGACCUCAUCCAGCACAGGCAGGACUGGCAAGCCUCGCAUACCGCUUCCCGUAUGAGCAAAUAUACGCGCAUAUAG